AUGCGAUCUCCGUUUCUACUCUCGGAUCCUCCGUUUCUACGUUCUCCUCUAAUCCCGCGUUACAAUUCCAGAAACUCCUUCAAACGCGGAAGAGGACGAUUCUCCUUCGCCGAGUCUCUUCGUGUUUCUCUUCACGGAAUCGGAAGAAACAUCGAGGUCGCUCAAGGAUUGCAAUUCGAUGGGCCGAUUAUGAGUAGUGAAGCUUUGGUAGUGAAUGAGGAUGAUGAUUUAAUGGUCCAAGUGUGUGUGACUCGUACAUUGCCUCCAGCUUUGACUCUUGAGCUUGGUCUCGAGAGACUCAAGGAGGCUGUUGAUGAACUGAAAACUAAUCCUCCAAACUCAUCUAGUGGCUUUUUGCGAUUUCAAGUGGCUGUGCCUCCAAGGGCAAAAGCUUUGUUCUGGUUUUGCUCUCAACCUAAGUCGUCUGGUGUAUUUCCUGUGUUUUUCCUCUCCAAGGAAACUGUGAAGCCUUCUUAUAAAUCACUCUAUGUAAAGGAACCUCAUGGGGUUUUUGGAAUUGGGAACGCACUCUCUUUCGUUCAUCCGUCUUCGAUUGACUCCACAGGACAUAGCACGAGAAAAACAUUCCUCUCAGAUGAAUCAGCUAUGGUGACGGCCUAUGGUUUUCCAGAUAUUGAUUUCAACGAAUACUCUGCUGUAAAUAGCAAGGAUGGCUCUUCUUACUUUUUCGUUCCUCAGAUUGAGUUAGAUGAGCAUGAGGAGGUCUCUAUAUUAGCAGUUACACUGGCAUGGGAUGAUUCUCUCUCUCACAGCUUUGCGCAAACGAUUAGUUCAUACGAGAAAUCAAUUUUUCAGGUUUCUUGUCAUUUCUGCCCAAAUUUAGAGGAUCAUUGGUUCAAACAUCUAAAAAGUUCUCUUGCAAAGUUCAGUGUGAAAGAGAUGCAUCCAAUUGAGAUGGAGCAUAUGGGGUUUUUCACAUUUUCUGGAAGAGAUCAGGCUGGCGUCAAGGAACUGAAAAAUAUACAAUCAUCAUGUCAGUUCUAUUGCAAGCUUUCACCUGGCGUUAUUUUCUCAAACAACAUGCUGAAUCAGGAAACUGAAGUGAGCAACUUCUUGAAAAAUGAGGCUAACAUCAAUGCUGUAUGGGCAUCAGCUAUAAUUGAAGAGUGCACUCGUCUUGGUUUGACGUACUUUUGUGUAGCUCCUGGAUCAAGGUCUUCCCAUCUUGCUAUUGCUGCUGCCAACCAUCCCCUAACAACGUGUCUUGCAUGCUUUGACGAACGAUCUCUUGCCUUUCACGCUAUUGGGUAUGCGAAAGGAUCCCUCAAACCGGCAGUCAUUAUAACAUCAUCAGGAACUGCCGUUUCAAAUCUUCUUCCAGCGGUGGUUGAAGCCAGUGAGGAUUUUUUACCACUGCUACUACUUACUGCAGAUCGUCCUCCUGAACUUCAAGGCGUUGGCGCAAAUCAAGCGAUAAAUCAAAUAAAUCACUUUGGCUCGUUUGUCAGAUUCUUCUUCAAUCUUCCUCCUCCAACUGAUCUUAUUCCAGUCCGGAUGGUCCUUACUACUGUAGACUCUGCUCUACAUUGGGCAACAGGUUCUGCUUGUGGACCAGUACAUCUCAAUUGUCCGUUUAGAGACCCACUUGACGGUAGUCCAACAAAUUGGUCAUUCAACUGCUUAAAUGGAUUGGACAUGUGGAUGUCUAAUUCUGAACCAUUCACAAAAUAUUUUCAAGUACAAAGCCUUAAAAGCAAUGGUGUAACAACUGGCCAAAUCACUGAGGUUUUACAAGUAAUCAAAGAGGCUAAGAAGGGUCUUCUUCUUAUUGGUGCUAUCCAUACAGAGGAUGAAAUUUGGGCUUCUCUUAUGUUGGCUAAAGAGCUGAUGUGGCCUGUAGUUGCAGAUGUAUUGUCUGGUGUACGGCUGCGCAAGCUUCUUAGACCCUUUCUUGAUGUGACCCCUAUUUUUGUUGAUCAUCUUGAUCAUGCCCUGCUUUCAGAUUCUGUUAGGAAUUUGAUAGAGUUUGAUGUUGUUAUCCAGGUUGGAAGUCGGAUAACAAGUAAAAGAGUUACUCAGGUGCUAGAGAAAUGCUUUCCAUUUGCAUACAUUUUGGUUGAUAAGCAUCCGUGCAGACAUGACCCAUCACACCUGGUCACUCACAGGGUCCAAAGCAACAUUGUUCAAUUUGCUGAGUGUGUGCUUAGAUCUCGAUUUCCAUGGAGGAGAAGCAAGUUGCAUGGUCAUCUACAGGCAUUGGAUGGCGCUAUUACCCGGGAAAUGUCAUUUCAAAUAUCUGCUGAAUGCUCCCUUACUGAACCUUAUGUAGCACAUAUGCUUUCCAAAGCACUGACUUCCAAAACUGCUCUUUUCGUUGGGAAUAGUAUGCCAAUAAGGGAUGUGGAUAUGUAUGGAUGUAGUUCGGGAAAUUAUUCUCAUGUGGUAGAUAUGAUGUUAAAUGCAGAGCUACCAUGUCAAUGGAUACAAGUAACUGGAAAUAGAGGAGCUAGUGGCAUUGAUGGUUUGCUCAGCUCGGCCACUGGCUUUGCUGUAGGAUGCAAGAAGAGAGUGGUUUGUGUGGUGGGGGACAUCUCUUUCCUUCAUGAUACAAAUGGAUUGGCGAUUUUGAAGCAGAGGAUUGCGAGGAAACCAAUGACAAUUCUAGUGAUAAACAACCGUGGAGGUGGAAUCUUCCGACUUCUUCCUAUAGCAAAGAGAACAGAACCUAGCGUGUUAAAUCAAUAUUUCUAUACAUCACAUGACAUAUCCAUUGAGAACUUGUGUUUGGCACAUGGUUUGAGGUAUGUACAUGUUGGGACGAAAAGUGAAUUUGAGGAAGCUCUAUUUGUACCCAGCAUGGAAGAGAUGGAUUGCAUUGUGGAGGUUGAAAGCUCUAUAGAUGCUAACGCAAUCAUUCAUAGUACUCUGGAGAGGUUUGCACGCCAAGCUGCAGACAAUUCUUUGGGCAUUAUCUCGGCCAGUUCUCUUCUUCAUCCGAUUAUCGGAAAUGUACUUCUUUGCCAAGUCUCUGGAAUACAAUAUUCGCGGUACAGAAUCCAACUAUGUGAUAGACCUACCAUAUGUUCUGAUGAUUUUUCUCAAUUCCAUCGAGAAGGGUUCAUUCUCUCCCUGACUUUGGAGGAUGGAAGCAUUGGCUAUGGAGAGGUUGCACCUUUGGACAGUAAUAGAGAGAGCUUAAUGGAUGUGGAGGGGCAGCUAGAGUUAGUUCUUCACAUUAUGAAAGGAGCUAAAUUCAGUUACAUGCUUCCUUUGUUGAAUGGCUCGGUUUCUUCCUGGAUUUGGAGUGAACUUGGAAUCACUGCAUCAUCAAUUUUCCAGAGUGUCAGAUGUGGUUUGGAAAUGGCUCUUCUGAAUGCAUUGGCAGUAAGACAUGAUUCUAGUUUGUUGGGGAUACUUCAUCUUCAGAAAGAAGAAAAUGGUUCUGCUCAGCCACACUCUGUUCAAAUAUGCGCCCUUUUAGAUUCUGAAGGUACUCCAUCGGAGGUCGCAUGUGUUGCUAGAAAACUUGUUGAAGAAGGGUUCUGUGCUAUAAAACUUAAAGUUGCUCGUCGAGUGAACUCUGCUAUAGAUGCUUUGGUUCUACAAGAAGUGAGGAGAGUCGUUGGCGAUCAAAUUGAACUCCGUGCAGAUGCAAAUUGUCGCUGGACUUUUGAAGAGGCACUAAAGUUUGGCUUAUUGGUGAAAAGCUGUAAUCUAAAAUAUAUUGAGGAGCCUGUCCAGAAUAAAGAUGAUCUUAUAAGGUUUCAUGAAGAAAGUGGAUUACCAGUGGCACUUGAUGAGACUCUGGAUGAUUUUGAGGAAUGUCCUCUGCGUAUGCUUACCAAAUAUGCCCAUCCUGGAAUAGUUGCUGUUGUUAUUAAACCAACUGUUGUGGGAGGGUUUGAGAAUGCAGCACUGAUUGCUCGGUGGGCACAGCAGCAUGGGAAGAUGGCUGUUAUAAGUGCUGCAUACGAAAGUGGCCUAGGUUUAUCAGCAUAUAUUUUACUUGCAUCAUAUUUGGAGAUGGAGAACGUCAAAGCAUCCACAGAGCAGAAGCAAGGAAUAGCCUCUUUUGUGGCCCAUGGUCUUGGGACUUACCGAUGGCUUAGUGAAGACAUAAUGAUGAAUACUUUAGGGAUAUCCCGUAGCCCUUACAGUGGAUUUGUCGAAGGAUCUGUUGCUGUUGCUAGCAAAAAUCUAAAGGAUAUUAAAAUAAACAACGAUGUUAUUGUAAGAACCAGUGAAAGAGUCCCUGUCCGGAGGCAUGAACUGAGGGUGGAUGUAGAUGGUUUCUCUCAUUUCAUAAGAAUCCACGAUAUUGGACAGAAUGCAGAGGGAAAUGUAGUUUUGUUUCUUCAUGGAUUUCUUGGAACUGGUGAAGAAUGGAUCCCCAUCAUGAAGGGUAUCUCGGGCUCUGCAAGAUGUAUUUCAGUUGAUAUUCCUGGUCAUGGAAGCUCAAGGGUACAAAGCCAUGCUAGUGAGACCCAGCAAGUGCCAACUUUUUCAAUGGAGAUGAUAGCGAAGACACUGUAUAAGUUGAUUGAGCAAAUUACUCCUGGGAAAGUUACCGUCGUUGGAUAUUCCAUGGGAGCAAGAAUUGCACUGUACAUGGCUUUGAGAUUUAGCAACAAGAUCGAAGGAACUGUUGUGGUAUCGGGGAGCCCUGGGAUCAAGGAUCCAGUUGCAAGGAAGGUUCGAAGUGCAACAGAUGAUUCUAAAGCACGAAUGUUGGUUGACCAUGGACUAGAAAUCUUUCUGGAGAACUGGUACAAUGGAGGCUUGUGGAAAAGCUUGAGAAGUCAUCCCCAUUUUAGGAAAAUAGUUGCAAGCCGGUUGCUACAUGAUGAUGUCCUUACUGUUGCAAAGCUCCUCUCGGAUCUAAGCAGUGGGAGACAACCGUCAUUGUGGGAAGAGUUGGAGAAUUGUGAUACAAAUAUCUCGCUUGUCUUCGGUGAGAAAGAUGUCAAAUUCAAGAAAAUUGCUAUAAGAAUGUACUGCGAGAUGAGUAAGAGCAAGAAAGGCGAAAAAAAUAUAAUCGAGACGAUUGAAAUCCCGGAGUCUGGCCAUGCUGUCCAUCUCGAGAGCCCUCUUCGUGUGAUCCUCGCUCUUAGAAAAUUCUUAACAAGAGUACACAAAAGUUGUGCAGAGACAGAGCUUUCUCAGAAGCUAUUGUUAGCCGUUAAAGAAUUGUAA